UGCUUCUUCUUUCGCACAGUCAUCAAGGUGAUCAAAAUGGACAGGAAACGACUAAAGACUGAUGGUGAGAAUGACGAGAUGGAGAACAUUCAAAUCGGAAUCAUUGGAAUGGGCGAUAUGGGUCGAUUGUAUGCAUCAAAAUUCGCAAAAGCAGGUUGGAAGCAUAUAAAUGUCUGUGAUAGACCGGAAACAUACGCAAAGUUGCAAGAAGAGUUCCAAGGCUCCGGCUUGACAAUUAUACCGGAUGGUCACCAUGUCUCACGCAUAAGCGAUUUCAUCAUUUAUUCAGUUGAAGCUGCUCUGAUAGAUGCCGUCGUUGCACAAUAUGGUCCUUCUACUAAAUUGGGCGCAAUCGUUUCCGGCCAAACAUCCGUUAAAGCGCCGGAAAAGCUUGCAUUCGACAAACAUCUUCCCAAGGACGUUCGCAUCGUAUCUUGUCAUUCGUUGCAUGGACCAAAGGUUGAUACGGUAGGCCAGCCAUUGCUGUUGAUUCAAUAUCGUGCCUCCGACGAAGAAUUUGAGUUUGUUCAACGUAUUUUCCAAUGCUUCGGAUCUAGUUAUGUAUUCAUCAACUACGAAGAUCAUGACAUAGUUACGGCAAAUACACAAGCUGUCACACAUGCGGCAUUCUUGACCAUGGGUACAGCAUGGAGAUGUUCUCAGGCGUAUCCAUGGGAAUCCGGACUGUAUCCAGGUGGAAUUGAAACAGUAAAGAUAAAUAUCAUGCUGCGGAUUUACUCGGCAAAAUGGCAUGUAUAUGCUGGACUGGCUUUGCUCAACCCAGCAGCACGCAAGCAAGUCUCUCAAUACGCUGAUAGUGCUACAGCACUGUUCAAGUUGAUGGUUGGUGAAGACGAAGAAGCUCUCACACAAAAAGUCUUUAAAGCGAGGAGAGAGGUCUUUGGAUGGGCGGAUGAUGAAGAAGGAACGGGUGGUGCAAGAACAAGAAGUACAGGAGAAGAAAAGGGCAAGGGCAGAGAAAGGAAGCCAAUUCUGAUGAGUGAUAAGAUGCUCGAUCAAUUUCACAUGGCAGCACGAAGAGCUUCAAGCGGAAAUGGCGUGGACAGCGAUGCGGUAGAAGCGCCUCCUCCAAAUUCCCAUCUCGCUUUACUCGCAAUCGUUGACUGUUGGUAUACACUUCAAAUAGAUCCGUAUGCCCAUUUGGAUCUUGCUGCUACGCCAGUAUUCCGGUUAUGGAUCGGUGUUUGCGAGUAUUUGUUCCGAUCGCCUGCUAGAGUACGGGCUGCGGUUCGUGCUGCAAUUCAUGAUCAUGAUUUCCGAAGUGAUGAUACCGAAUUCGUUAUUGCGGCUCGUGGAUGGGCUCAAGCUGUUCAAUUUGGUGAUUUUGAUCUGUACAAAUGGAGAUUUGAGCAGACUCGGGAAUUCUUUGCUUCACGUUUUGAAGAGGCAAAUAGAAUGGGAGCUGAGAUGCUAAAGGUGGUUCUAUCUCAAUCGCAAUCAAAUUGAGAUGCUAACAAUCCAUGUAUUUCUAGUGGUAUA